AUGAAUUCACCUCGAAUUGGACCGAAAUAUACUGUUGGAUCAACAACAAUCGAAAAGAUCAAUAUGCCUGUAGAGAAAAAGAAACAAAGCACUCCUAAAAAGAUAAAGAAAGUUAGUUAUCACAGAUUUAACGAAAAUUCUAAACAAAGAAGACUUGAUUUUACAAAAAUUGAAACGAUUGAAGAUAUAGCACCACAAAUUACAACCGAAGAGUCGGUAGAAAAGCUCCAACAAAUUCAUAAUUUCGCAGCAAGGCAUAUCCAGUCAAAACUUCGUUUAUUUAUUAAUAAAACACAAAAUAAGAAGUCUUUCCCAAAGAUUUACGGUCAUCCACAAACUGAAAUUGCACAAGAGGAAGAAGAACAGAAGGAAAAUAAUAUUUCGCAACAAGAAGUAACUGAAGAACAAAUUGAAGAGAAAACUAAUUCACAAAUCAUUAAUAGAUCUCCUGGCCGUUCACCAAGACAGAAAAUGAUUGUAGAAACUACAGAAAGUCCAAUGAAAUACAAAUCAACACAAAAUAUCAAACCAAUGCAUCUCAACAACUCUCUCAAUUUAUCAGUUAGAGACCGUGCCGCAUACAGCAGAGAUUUUCCUGUUGUUACUGUUCCAGAAAACGGAGAAAUACUAAAUGAAACCGUAACUGAUAUUAAGGAUGCAUCUGUGCAAGCUACACCUUCAAGUAAGAAAUCUAACAAUGUUAUAAAUACUCCAAUAUAA